GUAAUAAGUGUUUUGCCUUUGCCCAUAUUAUUUAAAUUAUAAAGGUAUAUUUUUAUAACUUUAAAGUAUUUGAUAUUUCCCUAAAAUGAGUGAAGAAAUUUUGUACAUUGUAUCCGAUUAUGUCCAAUGGCAUGAAAAUAUUGAUUUGAAAAAAUCCCCUAAGAAAAGCCACCUUAGUGUCGUUGAUUACAUUGGYGCAUUAAAAUAUUUUCCCUAUUUUUCUUCAGAAGUAUUUAUUUCAAAUGAACCAACAUGGAAGUUUUGUAUUGGUGGAAAUGGUCAAGUUUUGUCUGUUGUCCAACAUAAUACACUGGAAAUGCGUACAGAAAAAAAUUUCAAUAAGAUUUUAGCAAAAGCAACAUUACCUGAUUUAAUAUCAAAUGAUUUAUACGCAUCAAAAAGAGUAUUGUCUUGGAGUCCAGAUUGUUCAAUUUUUGCAGUUGCCACUACACAUGGUCACAUUGCUUGCUAUGAUCUUUUAGCCUCAAAUUUAUUUGUUAUUAAGUCUAUUCAUAAUAGUACUAAACAACCUACCAAUAAUUUAUUUGCCAAAGAAAUGGUGUUUUUAGAUUUGCGAACACGGUCUUCAAAAUGGUCAUAUGAGCUUAUUUUAAUUGGUGGAAAUKGAUCAUUAACUAGCUAUGCUGUAUCAUCUGUGUACGGUUACCAAAUUCAACAUACAUUUAAUUUUAUUCAAGUACUAGGUGCGUCAUUAUUGUCAUCUGUUACAUCAUGUUCAGAUCCAGCUUACAUAAUUACAUCUUCAGAUACACAAAAUAAAUUAGACUUAAAURAUUCUGGCUUAAAUUUAUGGUCAAUGAUAUCAUACGAGCCUUAUUACAAUCCAGUUAUAUCUUCAAAUAUUGUUCAGGAUGGGUUUCUAUCCAGGUUUAUUAAUAUGGUAUUGCGUAAAAAAAAUAAAUGUAUUAUAAAAAUGAGUUUAUCACCUUCAUCUACAUUGUUAGCAUGUUUAUAUGGAACCCGAACAGUCUGCAUUUGGAAUUUUCCAGAAAUAAGUGCUUGCAAGAGUUGGUCUGUAAAUGAUCAAAAAGAAUUGGGUGGCAUUGUUGAUAUUGAAUGGUGGUGUAAUGAGCUUUUAAUUUUGGGUUGUUUUGAUGGCACUCUAAUAAUUUGCYGUGAAAAAGGUCAACAGAGUGUAGUUAUUACUAAAAUGAAUCCUUUUUGUUUCAAAUUAUGUGGUUCAUAUAAUAGUAAUAAUUUUGUUGUUGCUGAUUAUGAAACAAUUGAGUCCAUCAAUAAUUCUCAGGAUUUUAGUGUAAAUUCUAAACCAACAACAACAAAUGUGUAUAAACUUAUUGCUGUAACCAAAACUACUCCUCAGCAGUUACUCAUGAAAAAAAUACAGGAAAAACAAUACGAAGAUGCAUUACAGCUAGCAUUGAAAUAUAAUUUGGAUAAAGAUUUAGUUUAUAAGCAUCAAUGGUGUAAUAGUUCAGUUAUAGAAGAAUCUAUUAAUAAUAUUUUGAGCAAAGUAUCUGACAAGCAAUGGAUUGUGCACGAGUGUUGUAGCAGAGUUUCAGAAACAUUAAUUGGAGCAAAGCAAUUGAUUGCAUACGGCUUAGAAAUAACUGAUUUCUCUGCAUACCUAAGUAUAGAAUCUGAAAACUCAAGUAUAUUUAGUCGAGAAGGUAAAGAAUUUAUAGUAUCAAGAUUAAAACUUUUAAAUUACUUGGAUAAACUUACUACUUAUGAAAUGGUUUUGAAAAAAAUGGAUGGUAACAGUGAAGCCCUUUACAGUGCACACACCUAUAAACAUCUUAGAGAGUUGAGCCCAUUACAAUGGGCUUUACAGUUAGCUAGAGAGUGCCAAGUUGAUGCUGUUUCUAUUGUUUUAACCUAUUACAGUGAUCAUGUUAUUCCAUACUGGUUGGACAUAUUGAAUGAUUUUCCAGAGACACUAAUGCUCAAGUUGUACAGACACUUAUUGCCAGUAUGGGAUCCAUCUGCAAAUAAAGUUAUUUUAUUAGAAUCAAAAAUCUUAAGAGAACUUGAUUGGUGUGAGUCUGAUAGAUUCAAAUUAUUAACUGGCACCUUUGAUAAUAUGAAAACUGUUUCUUUCACUGAACACGAUCUCAUUCAUUGGUAUACAAAAAGAAUUAGAAACAUUGAGUCAUGCACUAAAUUAGUCCAACAUACAUUAGAAAUGGCUACCAUUGCUCGUGAAAAUAACAUCAAGGGGUUAGAACAAUUGCAUGAAGAUUUAUCCGUUUUAGAAGUCUUGGUAUAUGAAGUGGGCUUAGAGAAUAUGUUCUUAGAAGAUAUUGAACAAUUGAAUACCUUAGAAAAAGCAUCAUUGUUUAUGUCAAGGUGCGAUGAAAAUUUAUUUUUGAAUAAUCUAACAAACUAUUUUUUACCAUUUAUUCAAACUAAAGCAGAUACAUUUUAUUUACUGGAGCAAUUUCUAAUACAGACUAGUCAAAGUUCAUUAAAAAAAUUGUCACAGUAUUUUGAGUAUGUUCAAAUUAAUGGUUGGAGUAUAAAUGUAUCAGAUGAAGCAAAAAUAAUCUUGGGUCUCAAAUGUAUUUAUACGUACUCAAGAACUGAUCAAUUAGAUGAAGCACAAAAUAUAGUUUUGUCAUUGUUAAAAAGUGUAAAAAUUACUGUUGAAAACAGAUCUUAUAUAAAACAACUUGAAGAUACUAAGCAAAUUAUAAAUGCUUCAAAAUUAUUACAAACUUAUGGUAUUAGAUAUACUCUUAAAGUGUUGAACGAUAAUUUGACCAACAUUGUUUUUUUCCGAAAAGUUAUGGUAUCCAUAUGUGAAUAUACAUCAAUAAAAAAUCAAACAGAAAAGUAUUGGUUAAAUGUACUUGGUGAUUUAUUAAAAAUUGCAGAGUAUUGUUUCCCAUCACUUUCAAUUGAAAUAUGUUAUGAGGAAUAUGUCAAAAUGCUUUUAGAUAGUCAAAAUCCAAAAAUAAUACCGUUAAGUAAAGAUAUUUUACUGGGUAAAUUACCAGAGCACCUAAGUUUAAGGAUUGUUAAAGAUACAUUUGAUAUGUACUUUGAUCGAUCAAAGUCUUUCAAUGAUGUGUCAAUGACCUUAGCAAAAUUAUGUUUACAAAUUUUACCUAAUUUUGAAGAUUCACUUAUACAUGAAUGGAAUUUAAUUUCUGCUAUGACAAUAUUUAAUACUCUUGGUACCAAAUUACUUCCAGUCCAAGUGCGUCAAUGUAAAAAUAAAUGGAAACUGAUUGACAUUACUAUAUCUUCUAAGCCAAAUAAUUAUACUUUAUUGAAAAAAUUAAUAACUUUAGCUAACAAAUUGGAUAUUAAAAGUCAUGAAAGUUUUAUUUCCACCGAAUCCAAUAUCUUAUUCAAAUGUGCUAUGGUUGCAUAUCAAGCUAAUGAUUUGAAAUUUGCUUCUAAAGUUUGUGUUCAAUUGAUGGAUAAAAAUGAACCGUCAGUUUGGCCAUUAUGCAUUGAAUUAGGAGUACAUAACGAUAUUAUUGAUAUUGGUCUGAAAAUAAAAUUAUUGUCAUUUGCUGUGCUCAAUUGUCCAGUAGAAAAAAUUGUUUCAAUUAUUGAAUUAAGGAAAUCACUGGAGAAUGAAAACACUGAACAAAUAAUUGGAAGUGAUUUUCAAAUAAUGGUUCCAAUAAUUAAAAAUAUCAAUUACCUCGCUAUAUCAAAUAAUGAAAGUUCAUUACAUACAAAUUGUUCUAAUUGCAUUGAAGUUGGACUAUCACAUGAUGAGUUAUCAUCCAAUUUAAGAGAAUUGCUUACAGUUUCUUAUAACCAUUCAAAUUAUGACGAAGUUUUGGCUAUUCAUGGUUUCAAAUAUCUUGGAUAUGAUUCAAAAAUGUCAGUAUUAUGUUUUUUGAAUAUUUCAAAUGAUAUUAUUGUAGACAAGUGUUUCAAUUCUUGCGAAGGUGUGCUUAGUACUAAACUAGCACUUUAUAUUUUUGCAUUACGUUAUGCGCAUAAAAUUAUGCGUGAUAUUGAGAUUUUUAAAUUUCCUACUGAUCAAUUGAUCAAAGAAGUGAUGUCUGACCUUGACGCUCAAUCUUCAACAUCUGAUCUUAAAGUAGGACAUUAUUUACGUAAAUACGCAUUGUUAUAUAGUAAAUGUGCAAAAGGGUUGGAUUUGAAUGUAAACCCAGAAGAAAUGAAUAAAGAACUUAUAAGGAUGGCUGGAACUGGUCAGGUCAAAAAUUUGGAAAAAKCAUUGGAAAUAUGCAAUAGGCAAUCAUUAGACAUAAAUGAUAAGUUACUGUUAGAGUUUUUAAAACAUUGCUUACAUUCAAUACCUGCAAGAAAUAUAGAGGAAACUUUAACUACAAUGGAUUUCAAUACAUUAAUUCAGAACAACAAACAAUUUUAUAAUAGUUUCAUUCUUGAGGUUUAUGAAGACGUCCCUGGAACUAAUCAUAAUCUUUUGAUUGCCUACUAUACAGUACUUAAUUUUAUCAAUCCUAAUGAUUAUGGACAGUUAGAAGAUAAUAUAACGCCUAUUCAGCAUAUAAAACUGCUGAAGAGAGUUCAUAGUACUAUACCAGAUAUUGAUUAUAAGUUAUUGUUAAACCCUGAAACCACAUAUGAAACAUUUUCUAUGGCUCAACAAACUGGAUGUAGUGCUCCUGUAUUAAAUAGAUUGUUGAAGAGUCUACCAGAGAAAAUACAACAUUGUAUAAAACUAUCUCGUUCUACAUCUUCAGUGUCUGAUGUUUGUCAAGAUAAUGUGGAUUUCAAUCAGUUAAUACUACAGACUAAAUCGCCAGCUGAUGUUGAUAGAAUUGUUAAGCUAUUAUCUCAGGGAAACGAAUGUAACGAAGUAUGGGUUGAAGCUUUGAAGCGGUUAUUAGUGUUUCAACCACAUGAGUUUCGGAUUUCAAUAUCUGUUCUAAAGUUUAUCUGUAGUAAACACAAUUUUACUAAACAAGAAUUAGAAGACUUAAGUAKUGUUCCUAACAUCAACAUUAUUUUACUUCAUUUGUUGUAUUUAUUAUCUGGUGAAAAUGCUGUAGAAGCAGCUGCUAUAAGUUAUUUUAAAACUAACCAUGUACUGCCUGAUUUGGUAUUGGACACUAUUCUAGAAUAUGGUCUGGUAGAACAAUUAGCUGAAUGUGAAGAGAUAAUGAACAAUCUUAUUCGUCGAACAUUAGAUGGAAAUAGUGGAAAGAAUUGCCAAUUAGUCUGUGAGCAGUUAGUCUCUACUGAGCGUAGUUUGUUGGCUGGUUCAUUGUAUUUAAGUCACAAUGGUGUGCCAGUUGCAUUGAGAACCAAUGUAGCUGCAAGAGAAAUAUCUAGAAGCUAUUUAGGCAGAAAUUCUAAAGAUAAGUGAAAUGCUUACGUGUUGUUACUUGUUGCUAUAUGAUUUAUUGCAAUAUAGUUUUUUUUUUUUUUUUAAUUAAACUAAUUUAAAUUUUAUAUUAAUAUAUUAAUAUGUAUAAUAUAUGCAGAGUGACAGGAUCACAUACGGAAAUAUGUUGUACAUACUACCUAUUUAAAUUUUAUUUAUUACUAAUUUAUUCAAUGUUUAUAUUAUUAUU